AAUAAUGCACCUGACUUUACCAGGGGGAAACGACCAGCCGAGCAAAACAAGGAACAGAUGUAAAAAGAAUAAAAGGAGAGAGAAAAAGAGAUGAGACUCGUUUAAAGAAAUCCAGGGGCUGAAGAGGUGGCUGCAGCGGCAGAGGCAGCUAGAGCUUCCUUGCUGCGUGAGCUGCAGGCAGAGGACGUUUUCACCAGUUGCAGAUGUAACCUCGGGAACUCCUGGGUCUGUCGGUUUGUUUGCCAAACAAAGUCUUUUCUUCUUUGGCUCAGACACUGAAGAGGCUCCUGGAUUUUUCUGCGAUCCCACCACAAGCUGGCAGUUACCCGGGAGCCUUCCCGAGGAGCUGGCGGAGAUAUGAGCCCUUCUGGGCGGAAGAUGGGCGAAAGGCGUCAGCAGCGGGGCCCUCCCGUCGGGAAGAGCCUCCUGCUCCCCGGGAGGAGAGGGUCACCCCGCGGGCGGCCGGGCGGCGGCGGCGGCGGCGGCGCUGGGGCGCAGCGCUCCCUGCUCGGGCUCUUCGUGCACGUGUGGCUGUGGGCGGCCUCGGGCUCGUCUGCCCAGUUGUUCAACCUCAGCCUUUCCGUGGACGAGGGCCUUCCCCCGGACACGCUGGUGGGUGACAUCCGCGCUGGGCUGCCAGCCGCGCAGCAGCAGGAGGGGAGCGGUUUCUUUCUGUCCGAGGACUCGGAUGACUCCCCGCUGCUGGACGACUUCCAUGUGCACCCGGACACCGGUAUCAUCCGCACCGCGCGGCGCCUGGACCGCGAGCGGCGGGACCACUACAGCUUCGUGGCCGCCACGCUGCUGGGCGCCGUAGUGCAGGUGGAGAUCCGCGUCAACGACGUGAAUGACCACUCGCCCCGCUUUCCCCGGGACUCCCUGCAACUCGACGUCUCCGAGCUCACCCCUCCAGGCACCGCAUUCCGCCUACCAGGUGCCCACGACCCUGACGCGGGGCUGUUCAGCACACAGGGCUACACCCUGGUGCAACCGUCCAACCUGCUCCAGGACCCCGAAGGGCCGUUCUUCCAGUUGCGCUAUGGGACUCCGGGGCUACCACCGUCGCCGCUUUUGCCCGGCUCCUCGUCGCCCCUAGAGCCCCUAGACCUGGUGCUGCUGCGGCGCUUGGACCGAGAGGCGGCGGCGGCGCACGAGCUGCAGAUCGAGGCGUGGGACGGCGGCCGCCCGCGGCGCACGGGCCGCCUGCGCGUGGAGCUGCGCGUGGUGGAUGAGAACGACAACCCGCCGGUCUUUGAGCAGGGCGAGUACCGCGCAGCAGUGCGCGAGAACGCCCCGCCGGGCUCCGAGGUCUGUCGCGUGCUGGCCACCGACCGCGACCUGGGGCCCAAUGGCCACGUGCGCUACAGCAUCCGCGCCCGGCAAGUGCCCGGGGCGAGUGGUGGGGGCGGGCCUCUGGGCGACGCGGCCUACUUCGCGGUGGAGGAGCUGAGCGGCGUGGUGCGAGUGCUGAGACCUCUGGACCGCGAGGCGCAGGCCUGGCACCAGCUUGUGGUCGAGGCCCGCGACGGAGGCGCUGAGCCUGAGGUCGCUACCGUGCGCGUGUCCGUCGCCGUGCUGGACGUGAAUGACAACCCGCCCGCCAUUCAUCUACUCUUCCUCACCGAGGGAGGCGCCGCCAGUGUCUCUGAGGGCGCCCAGCCGGGCGACUACGUGGCUCGCAUCUCCGUGUCCGACGCGGACGGUGAACCGGAGAAGGAAGAGGAGGCCACUGGGCAGUUCGGUGUGGGCCUCGGAGGCGGAAGCAUCUCGCUGUCUUUGGAAGGCGGUGAGGGAGCCUUCGCACUGCGGCCGGGCGGCCCCCCGGGGGUAUUUUUUCUUUGCGUUGAGGGGCCCCUGGACAGGGAGAGCCGCGAUCUGUAUGAAUUGCGUCUGGUGGCCACCGAUGCGGGGUCACCGCCUCUGAGCACGGAGGAGACGCUGCUGCUCCGGGUGGCCGAUCUCAACGAUCACCCUCCUCUCUUCAGCCAGGAGCAUUACUGGGCCUCAGUGUCUGAGGCCGCGGCCCCUGGCACCGCAGUCGUGUGGGUCAGCGCCACUGAUGCCGAUGAGGGUGGCACUGAUCACGCCUCCCUCCGCUACACGCUAAUCCAACUCUCGGCUGCUCCCUGCAACCCAGACGCUCUGCCCACGGCAGAGUGUGGACCGUCUUUCACCAUCGAUCCCAAAAGCGCUGUGAUCAGCACCAUCCGGACUCUAGACCGAGAGGUCCAGGAGGCGGUGGAACUGAGAGUGGUGGCCCAGGACCUCGGAGAGCCUCCGCUCUCUGCCACCUGCCUGGUGAGCAUCACUUUGGAUGACGUGAAUGACAACGAGCCCAUCUUCCAGAGGCAAGUGUACAAUGCCACCCUUGAAGAGCAUGCCCCAAUCGGACACUGCUUUCUGCAGGUUAAAGCCUCCGAUGCAGAUGCAGGACUCUAUGGCUUUGUUGAGUAUUCUAUCUAUGAUGGAUUCCAGAGCUAUGAAGCAUCUCAAGCAUUCUGGAUCGACCCUCACGAUGGGCGAAUCUGUGUUUCUAAAGAUAUCGACAGGGAAAGGGAUCCAGCCAUCUAUGAUCUCCUGGUGAAAGCUAAGGAUGGGGGGGGACUAAGUGCCCAAGCCUUUGUUCGUGUGGAACUGGAGGACGUGAAUGAUAAUCACCCCAUGUUUAACCCGUCAACCUAUGUGACGAGCAUCAGUGCUCAGACCCAGCCAGGCACCGAGAUCAUCAGUGUUCUUGCCACCGACCGGGAUUCUGGGAUAUAUGGGACAGUGGCUUAUGAACUCGUUCCGGGAGACCUGUCAUCCCUUUUUACCAUUGACUCCACUACAGGAAUUAUUUACUUAACAUCAACUCUUAGUCACUUGGAAUCCACUACACUUUUGCUGAUGGUCUGUGCUCGAGAUGGUGGUGGGCUCACAGCUGUCAUUAAUGCCGAUGUCACUAUACACAUUCUCCAGACAGUUCUGGCGCCUGCUGAAUUUGAAAGGCCUAAGUAUACUUUCUCCAUUUAUGAAGAUGUGCCUGAAGACAGUCCUGUUGGGACAGUGAAAGCAAGCGAGCCCUUGAAUUCCUCAGAACCAAUCUUUUACAGAAUUUCUUCUGGUAACCUGGACGGAAAGUUCUCCAUUCACCCGUGGCUGGGCACAAUUCGCACCCGGAAGCCUCUGGAUCACGAAACGCAGCCCAUGGCUGUGCUCACGGUCCAGGCGCAGCUCGGCAGCUCCCCAGCCUGCAGCAGCACGGAGGUCAACAUAACCGUAAUCGAUGUCAACGACAACCACCCCGUGUUUCUCUCGGCCGCUGAAGAGAUUCGAAUACCGCAGACCACUCCACCUGGCACAGCCCUGUACCGCGCGCGUGCGGAAGACAGAGACAGCGGGCCGAAUGGAUUCAUCCGGUACGCCAUCGCCAGCCAGCAUCCGAGCCUCUUCGCCGUCGACAGAGGUCUUGGUGUGCUGUACCUCAACGCCAGUCCGGGAGGCGACGUGCCGCAGAAGCACGUGCUGACGCUCAUGGCCGAGGACCUCGGCGUUCCCCCUCGGGCAUCCCUGCUGGUCCUGACGGUAGUUGUUGAAAAACAAGAACAAAGCCCCUCCUUGACUUUUGAACAUUUAGUCUAUCAAGCGGAAGUGAGUGAGUCUCUCCCGCCGAGGACACAAGUCCUGCAAGCACGGGCCCGCCGCCUUGGCCCGCAGCGCUCGGCCUCAGAGCCGAUGUACUCGCUGGAACCCAGCGCCUCUGCCGCGUUCGGAAUCCGCCCUCACACAGGUUGGAUUUAUUUGCGGCGACAGCUCGACUAUGAAUCCACACAAACAUACAAUUUUAGAGUGUUUGCCUGGAUCCCGGAGGACAGAUUGCUGCAAAAUGUGAGCACUUCAGUAAUCGUUCAUGUCCUGGAUGAGAAUGACAAUUCCCCUACCUUCUUGCAUGAUGUGUUGUUUUUGAAAGUUGAAGAGAGCCCCGUUCCCCAAGGGGUAAUAGGCAGAAUUACAGCUAUUGACGCAGACUCUGGAAAGAAUGGACAGCUAUUGUAUUUCCUUUUGUCUGAUGGAAAAUUCUUCAGGAUGAAUCCUAAUACAGGCGAGCUGCUCAGUUGGGUGGCAUUGGAUCACGAACAUCAGGUGCACCAUGAGAUGGCUGUGCUAGUGACAGACUGUGGCUCCCCACCGCGAAAUGCCACCAUGGCAGUUUAUGUGUCAGUUACUGACAUCAAUGAUAACAGGCCGUUCUUCCCACAGUAUAUCCAUGGAAAGGAAUUGCACAUCAAGGUUCUGGAAGGUCAACCAGUAAAUAUGUUGGUUACAACUGUGUUUGCAAAGGAUCUUGAUGAAGGAAACAAUGCAGAAAUUAUAUAUUCAGUAUCUUCAGCUAGACAUGUGCCUCUGAAGGGAAGACAUCACUUACGAAGCAGUCUGGCCAAAACAUUGAACCUGAAUCUGAUCCAUUCUCUAGAUCUGCCUCCAGAUUUAAGGAAAACAUGGAGGACAGAGGAACAUAUUAAGCUACACGUUGGAGAUUCAAUAACCAAAUCUAGACCAUGGAAAACUUCAGGAUAUACAACCCAGUUUCUUCAACAAAUGAAUUUCAAGGACAAAAUAAAGAGAUGGAUGGCUGGAAUCCAUAGAUUGAAGAAAUAGGCACUGUAUGGAUUUUAUUUUGAUCCUAAAUGAGGCAAACUAAAAAUAUUUUUAAAAGGUGUGUGUGAGAUGAUUGGGAAUUUGAAAACUUACUGGAUAUUUGCUGAUACUAGUGAAUGAUUAAUUUUUAAAGUAUAAUAUGGUACUGUGAUUAUGUUAAAAUAUUCAUUAUCUUUCAGAGAUGCAUUUUUAAAUAUAUACAGAAGAAAUGAUAUAAUUUCUGGAACUUGCUUCAAAAGAAAUGGGGAAGGGAAGUAUAUAGAGGGGAAAUAAAUGAAAUAAGAUUGGCCAUGAGUUUGUAAUUGUUAAAGCUAGGUGAUGACACAUGGGAGUUCAUUAUCUUAUUCUGUCUACUUUUGUUAAAUGCUUGAAAUUUUGCAUAAUAAAAGUUUUU